CUCAUCCAGCUGAUUUUGAGUCACCUUACAGUACCAGACCUGUGUAGACUAGCGCAAACUUGUAAGCUACUGUAUCAACAUUGCUGUGAUCCUCUGCAGUACAUUCAUCUCAGUUUACAACCUUACUGGGCAAGGAUUAAUGACACAUCCCUGGAAUACCUACAGUCUCGCUGCACUCUCAUCCAGUGGCUGAAUUUGUCUUGGACUGGAAACAGGGGAGCCAUCUCUGUUUCUGGAUUUAGCAGGUUCUUGAAAGUUUGUGGCUCUGAACUAGUGCGUCUUGAGUUGUCUUGUGGCCAUUUCCUCAAUGAAACAUGCUUGGAGGUGAUUACUGAAAUGUGUCCAAAUCUUCAGGAAUUAAAUCUCUCAUCAUGUGAUAAAAUACCACCUCAGGCAUUCAACCACAUAGCCAAAGUGGGCAGCCUAAAGCGUCUCAUUCUUUACCGAACAAAAGUGGAGCAAACAGCCCUGCUCAGUAUUCUGAACUUCUGCUCGGAGCUGCAGCACCUCAGCCUGGGCAGCUGCGUCAUGAUUGAAGACUAUGAUCUUAUAGCAAGCAUGAUGGGAGCAAAAUGCAAAAAGCUUCGCAGUCUGGAUUUGUGGAGAUGUAAAAACAUAACUGAAAGCGGAAUAGCAGAAUUGGCUUCAGGCUGCCAGCUUUUGGAAGAACUUGAUCUUGGCUGGUGCCCUACGUUACAGAGCAGCACGGGUUGUUUCACAAACCUUGCACGUAAACUCCCAAACUUGCAAAAGCUCUUUCUUACGGCCAACAGGUCUGUGUGUGACACAGACAUUGAGGAGCUUGCUGCUAACUGUACGCAUUUACGGCAGCUGGAUAUAUUGGGGACGAGGAUGGUAAGCCCUGCAUCUUUAAGAAAAUUGCUGGAGUCUUGUAGAGAUCUUUCUUUACUUGAUGUGUCCUUCUGUUCACAGAUUGAUAAUAGAGUUGUCCUAGAACUGAAUGCCAACUUUCCUAAUGUGUUCAUAAAAAAGAGUUUCACCCAGUGACUCUCUACAUAUGCUGCUGUGGAAUUUGUUUGACAGAGUUGUUUCCUGUGAAUUUGCGCUGGUUGUUGUUUUGUUUUGUUUUCUUUUUUAAAGAAGGAUAUAAAUCCCAUAUGAAAUAGUGAAAAGUAUUAAUUAUCUACACAAAUGGGUAAAAUACAUUUAAAUAUAUUAUG